GCGCGCACAGCCCAUCCGCCCCGCGCUGCCGCCGCCCUCGCCUCUCACCGGCGUCCCGGGCGCUCCCGGGGCUGAGGGCGGCGGGGCCGGCGCGGCCGCUGAGUCAUCCCGGGGCUGCUGCUGAGGGUCUGGGGGUCUUGGGGGGCUCUCGAAAACUAUCGAAUGAAGAGCUACAAGAACAAAGCCCUAAACCCCGAGGAGAUGCGCAGGAGGAGAGAGGAGGAGGGGAUCCAGCUGCGCAAACAGAAACGGGAGCAGCAGCUCUUCAAAAGAAGGAAUGUGGAGCUGAUCAAUGAAGAUGACUCCAUGUUUGACAGUCUCCUGGUGGAUUCCUAUGUCACUUCCACAACGUGUGGGGAGGGAUUGAUCACAGGAGAGAUGGUGGAGAUGCUUUUCUCAGAUGACCCUGACCUACAGCUAGCAACCACUCAGAAAUUCAGGAAAUUACUCUCCAAAGAGCCAAAUCCUCCGAUAGAUGAGGUGAUAAACACUCAGGGAGUGGUGGAGAGGUUCGUGGAAUUCCUGAAAAGAAGUGAAAAUUGCACAUUACAGUUUGAGGCUGCGUGGGCCCUGACAAACAUCGCCUCGGGGACCUCCCAACAAACCAAAAUAGUCAUCGAGGCUGGGGCAGUUCCCAUCUUUAUAGAGCUCCUAAACUCUGACUUUGAGGAUGUUCAGGAGCAGGCUGUCUGGGCAUUGGGGAACAUUGCUGGAGACAGCUCUGUGUGUAGAGAUUAUGUCCUGAACUGUGCCAUUCUUCCUCCCUUGUUAAUGCUCCUCACCACGUCCACCAGGCUGACAAUGACACGAAAUGCUGUCUGGGCCUUGUCAAACCUGUGCAGAGGGAAGAGUCCACCUCCUGAAUUUGAUAAGGUGUCUCCCUGCCUGCCAGUGUUGUCCCGAUUGUUGUUCAACAGUGACUCUGACCUGCUGGCAGAUGCGUGCUGGGCUCUGUCCUACCUGUCCGAUGGUCCCAACGAGAAGAUCCAGGCUGUGGUGGACUCAGGGGUGUGCAGGAGGCUGGUGGAGCUCUUAAUGCACAACGAUUACAAAGUGGCCUCUCCAGCUCUUCGAGCAGUUGGCAACAUCGUGACAGGGGAUGACAUCCAGACCCAGGUGAUUCUAAACUGCUCAGCCCUGCCUUGCCUGCUCCAUUUAUUGAGCAGUCCCAAGGAAUCCAUCAGGAAAGAGGCGUGCUGGACCAUAUCCAACAUCACAGCAGGCAACAGAGCACAAAUCCAGGCAGUGAUAGAUGCCAACAUCUUCCCGGUGCUGAUCGAAAUCCUGCAGAAAGCAGAAUUCCGCACGAGGAAAGAGGCAGCCUGGGCCAUCACCAACGCCACCUCAGGAGGGACCCCUGAGCAGAUCAGGUAUUCCCUGGGCCAUUCCUGCCUCAGUUCCUGGGAGCUUUGCCUUCAGGGGAAUUUCCAGGCAAAGAAGAGACUCUGGAGAGUAACUGAGGCAGAGCUGGGUUGUAAUUUGUGAUUUCCUUCUGCAUGA